AUGGAAGCCGCAGCCAACAGCUUCAAGUACCUCAGUACAUUCCCCGAAGCUUCAGAUGCGAUGCAUGCUGACAUCGGAUUUCCAGGUCGACGGCUGAUGCCAUUUUUCCAAGAAAUUGCUCAUCCAGAGGAUGAAUAUGUAUCCCGUAUUCAAUAUGGCCUCAUUGCCCAUAAUAUAGUCACUUGUUCUUACUUCGUCUUUCCCCCCCAAAAAACAUACUACGGAAUUACCGCCUACCAAGGCAGAGUGUGGGGACGACCUAUUCCGGAAGGCCUCGUGUGUGCAGUGGAUAACAGUUUUCGAGAGAUUUUCGACAGCGGAAUCUAUACAAAAGCCUUUACUGUCCAGGAAAAGGUCAUCAGUAGACAUGCACGUGAACUUUUCCCACAUGCCCUCGAACUAAAUCGAAUGCUUUUCAGAUCCGUCCAGAAGACCGGGAGAAGCUUGUUAUCUGGAGAAAUUUCGCUUGAAGAAUUGGCGAAUCGGAAACUCACCGAUGUUAAGACGCCGUUCCCUAUACCAAGUACCCGAGGCGGUGUUUCUUUUGAGGUAGAAACUGAAGGUGCUGGGACAAUAUUAAUCCAACAUGUCUGGAGGCUUCCUUCUGCUGAUAAAACGCAGGAUGAAAUUGCGAUUGUCACAGAGUCAACAUCAGCUGAAGGAGGAUGUGGCAGUGAGGCAGUACCCGAGACAAUCACUUCGGACGCCGGUAUAUCCAAAAUGUUGGAUGGCUCAGUCUCGAUCUUGAACAGCUGA